CAUGCAUGCAAUGUCGUGAUCCGAUCGUGUCUGACCUUCUAUUUUUUAAACAAUAAACCCAGGCUUGUUGUGAUUGCCGGUGAUGGGGGAUCAGAAAGAGCCGACAGUGGUUCCCAAAUCCACUUCGUUUAGUAUCAAGAGCCUGCUGUUUCCUAAAAGUGACAACCCAAACUCAGGGCCCCCAGAAAAGAAAACUCUCCCUCAAGGAUUGGAUCCAGCGAAUCCUCGGGAUCCUGAGCAAAUGGAAUCUUCUUUUAACCAGGACAAUCACAGGGAGGAAGGGGCAGACGGACCGAAAGAACUGAAUAAAAAUGCGAAAUACGACAAGCCGCCGUUCAGUUACAACGCUUUAAUAAUGAUGGCUAUCAGGCAGAGUCCAGAAAAGAGAUUGACUCUGAAUGGCAUCUACGAGUUUAUCAUGAACAAUUUCCCUUAUUAUAGAGAGCACAAACAAGGCUGGCAAAACUCAAUACGGCAUAACCUGAGCCUGAAUAAAUGCUUUGUGAAAGUACCAAGACAUUACGAUGAUCCAGGAAAGGGGAACUACUGGAUGCUCGACCCGUCGAGCGACGAUGUUUUUAUCGGGGGGACAACGGGCAAACUUCGGAGGCGGUCGGCAACAUCUAGGGGCAAGUUGGCACUGAAAAGGGGACUUCGAUUUGCGCCUCUUGGGCUGGGAUUUAACGACGGGGCAAGCAACCCUUUGUACUGGCAAAUCUCGCCAUUUUUGUCUUUGCAUCCCCCACAUUAUAACGGAUCUGCAUCAGGAUUUUUGCGCCAGGGGCACGCUUACGGCUCUCUGCUUUCCGGGGUUGACCAUUUGGCAAACGGGAACCUGUCUCGUCCGAUUUUGGGUGGAUCUGGCCUGACAAACAGUUACGGUGUGAGCACGUCUUCUGUCAGUUUACUAUCAGGACAAGCUGGCUAUUUCGUCACUGGAGCCCAGCACUCGCAGUCCGUUCACCACAAUGGAAGUGGUUUCGGGGUACCGUCCAGCUCGCCUCCUACACUGAUUUCUGAAACACCGAGACUUCAUUCCUUUACGCCGAGUGUUUCAACGGGAUUUGCUGGGGUCCUGUCGCAUCAAAACAGGGUUACGUCUGCCAGUUCGUUUUUAAACUGAUCCUAUAACUUCCUCGUUGGGGAAACUAAAAAUAUUGUUUUCCCAAAUUG